UCUUUAGCCUAAUGGUGUUUGAGAAAAUGAGUGACACUGAUGAUGAUGAUGUUGUACCUCAGCUUUCAUCUCAAGCCUUAGCUGCACUACAGGAAUUCUACAUCGAACAGCAAGAGAAACAUGAUAUUAAGGGAGCAGAAAGGCAUACUGAGUAUUCUCUGGGCUCAAUAGAAGAGAACUGGAAACUGAGCCAGUUUUGGUAUGAUUCUGAAACUGCACUCUGUUUAGCUAAUGAGGCUAUACAGGCAGUUGGAAAAGGUGGCAGGAUAGCAUGUGUCAGCGCACCCAGCAUUUAUCAAAAACUGAAAGAGCUAGAUAGCAAAGAUUUUUCUACGUGUAUACUGGAAUAUGACCAAAGAUUUUCCGUGUAUGGAGAUGAAUAUGUUUUUUAUGACUACAACAAUCCUUUGGAACUUCCAGAAAAUCUCACAGCACACAGUUUUGACAUAGUUCUAGCAGAUCCACCCUAUUUAUCUGAAGAAUGCCUCAGAAAAACAGCAGAUACCAUCAAACAUUUAACUAAAGGAAAGAUUCUGCUUUGUACAGGUGCAAUCAUGGAGGAACAAGCUGCAAAAUAUCUCGGUGUGAAGAUGUGCAAGUUUAUUCCAAAACAUACUCGCAACUUAGCUAAUGAAUUUCGAUGUUAUGUGAAUUAUGAUUCUGGACUAGAUUCUGAUUCUGUGUGUUGACAUACAGAAUGAUCCACAGACUGAGAUGAACCAAGCAGUACCUGAGAUAGGAAGCAAGAGGAGACCAGACACUGUUAUCCACAGUGAGGAAAAGAGGAAGAACUCUGGAAAGUGAACGCUUGCUGCGUUCAAUUUCUGAAAGAAAUGAACAUAACCAUUUAA